GUACCGACUUCUGGGGCCUCAUAAACCCGGACUGGAGCCUCUGUAGCAAAGGGCGGCGCCAGUCUCCAAUAGACAUUGACCCUGCGAGACUCCUCUAUGACCCGAAUCUAAGACUUCUCCAUAUUGACAAACACAAGGUUUCGGGUCUCCUGGAAAACUCGGGCCACAGCGUGGUGUUCACCCUGGACGGCGGGAAGGCGCCCCUGAACGUGACGGGCGGGCCGCUGUCCUACCGCUACCAGCUCACCGAAGCUCACCUGCGCUACGGCAACGCGGACCUGCUGGGCUCCGAGCACACCAUCAACGGCAAGGCUUUCCCGGCGGAGAUCCAGCUCUUUGGGUUCAACUCUCAGCUCUACGCAAACUUCUCUCAGGCACUUGAUAAGGCCUAUGGUAUAGUUGGCAUCUCCCUCUUACUACAGAUUGGUGAAAGAUCUAAUCCCGCCCUCAGUCUACUCACAGAGGGCGUGGACCACAUCAAAUAUGUGGGAAACACGUAUACUGUCCACCACCUCAGCAUACACGACCUCCUGCCGGACACCUCCUACUACAUGACCUACGAGGGCUCCACCACCAUGCCCGCCUGUCAUGAGACGGUCACGUGGGUCAUCAGCAACAAGCCCAUUUACAUCACCAAACAACAGUUGUUCAGUCUGAGGCAGCUGACACAGGCCGAGGACGCCAACAAGGGAGGGGCGCCUCUCGCCAACAACUUCCGUCCACCGCAGAAACUUCACCACAGACCCGUCCGUACCAAUAUAGACUUUUCCAACGCUGGAGGAAGCUGUCCUUCCAUGCACAGGGAAGCCUACUACAAAGCCAACACAUGGACACACAGCUAGCUUACCUGCGAGGCUGCCGAUCUCCCGAGGCGCUGCUGGUGACGUCACUCCCCAGAUCCACGAGCGACGUCGCAUCCGAAGACCUGUUGGUGUGGCCAUGGCUUCGGCCUCGACGGUGGUGCCACAUCCGUAGGCCUUCCGUUCUUGUAACCUGAUUCGGAGAUCUCGGAAACGCGGUGGCACGAUUUCGGACAUCUGUAAGUGAUUCUUUUGAACAGAGGGAAUUCCCCGCUUAGGACAUCAGCGCCAGAAGCAGCCAUUGAGGAUUUCCCGCCAGAAGUGACCCAGACGGCAUUGCGACGUGGUAAAUAGACAUGUGAAUCGCCGCGAGAUUUAACACAUAGCAUUAAGUAAGAUAGAGCUCAUUACGGACAGACUUUCGUUUUGGUAACAAAGUAGGCUUAACCUAAAUGUAGAAAGCAUGUGCUUCGUGACUAAAACUAAUUUAAAAAAUGAUAAUAAACAUGUAUACGUAAUAUUUCGCAGGACUAUUUGAACGAUAAAGUUUACAAAGACUUUGAAACAGUUUAUGAAUCGAGAGUACCAUGAUAAUGAACCAGAAAUAGUAAUCAGGUACAUAUUAAAGUGUGGUUCUACAAGUGUAUUUCAGAAAUAGUUCAUGUGAUGUUUUGAUAUCAACGAAACGGCAGAAUAAAAUGUUUAUGCAUGCUCUAAAACAUCCAAUGUCAUAUUUAAAAAGUUAUGCAGAUAUUAUUGCCUUGGGAUAAUAGAGCAAACCGUAAAACACACGUGAGUCAGUUUUGAAAACCUUCUACAAUUCUGUUUUCCUUUAGAAACCAUU